CUGCUCUCUCGCCCUCUCAUAUCAGACGUGACGACACUGAGUCCAGACAAGGGUGACCACCCCUCCUCUCUCCCCUUCUCUCCCCGCUCGCGCGCGCGCGCGCUCUCUCUCUCUCUUUCCUUCUCUUCCCUCAUCUUCGAUUGGAAGCGGAAAUUGGUCGUUUCGAGCCUAUGCCCUUCUCAACCCCGCUUUCGCCGAUCGUUGUCGCCCUGGGAAAUCUUCUUGCCCUCCGAUUCAGGCAGCUCCUCCUCUUCUCACCUUCUUAGCCCUAAAUCUUUCGGGUUCUGAGACAAGAAUCACUUUUCGUAUUUGAACCCUUAUUCCGAGAAUCCAUGCCCUUGUUCCUGGAUUCUAUGGUAUCCGGGUAUAACUCUCUAGAUUUCUGUGUUGAUCUCUCUUUGUGAGAGUAUUAUGGUUGUGUGUUGUUUAACAGGUUUCUGAUGAUUAAUUGGUGAUUAUAUUUCGUGCUAUCUGUGGAUGGUUUUUAGGUGUAACUUUUGAAUAGCGCGCUGUACAUAACUCUAGGCUUUGGCAAGAAGGGGUUGCUUGGUUUGGGUUUUUUUUUUAAGUGGGCAUUGUUGAGUCUCUGGAGUUGAAUGCAGUGGUAGGAGCAUCAAGGUAUUAUUUUUGAGGUUGUUUGAUUUGUUUGGGGAAAUUGAGCUACUUGGAGCUUCGGCAACCACCUAGAAAGUGGUUGUGCCUUUCUGGUUCGUAAGUUUUUUUGUGCAUUUUGUCAUUGGGAAUGAGUCUGGAGAAUGAGGAGCAGUUGAUGCUAGAAUCUCCCCGUGAAAGUAAGCCCGAAUCUCGAAAGCGGUCAAAAAUUUCCUACACCAAAGAUUUUCUUUUGUCGCUCAGCAACUUGGAUAUUUGCAAGAAGUUGCCCAGUGGAUUUGAUGCUUCGAUUCUGAGUGAACUAGAAGAUGCUUCUAAUAGCAUAUUUGAGCGGCAAAGAGGUCUAGGAGGCUUACCUUUGCAGGGUUCAAAGCGCAAUGACUAUGCUUCACUACCAUUAAAUAGGUGGGAUGGUUCAGGUAGUUAUUCUCGAGGAAGCUUGGGAAGGUGGGACACCCGUUCUUUCGGUUCAAGUGAUAGAGAUGGAGACUUUCAGUCAGACCGUGAAUUGUUUAUGCAAGAUUCUGGUAGGCGGCUUGGAAACCAAUCUCGACGUUUCUGGCAACAUCCAGAGCAUGAUGGACUUUUGGGAAGUGGUGCUUUUCCAAGACCCUCCGGAUAUAUUGGAGCCUCAGAACCAAAGGAUCGGGGAGGUAGUCAGUAUCAGCUCAAUAAGAGUUCUGAACCUUAUCAGCCCCCACGACCAUAUAAGGCUAUGCCUUUUCCACAAAAAGGCAGCAAGGAUUUCUGUAAUGAUGAAACAUUUGGUUCUGCUGAAUGCUCAAGUCAGGAAAGAGCAGAGGAGGAAAGAAAGAGAAGAUCAUCCUUUGAGUUAAUGAGGAAGGAGCGACAGAAAGCACUACAAGAGAAGCAGAAGCAUUAUAAUAGCAAAGAAAAGCUUGAUGCUGAUAUUGUUGCACUAUUAGAGAGUUCUGUUGAUAAACAAGAUAUGAUGAAUGGAAAUGACAAGUCAGAUGACUCUUUGACAUCUUCCCUUUUCUGGCAUGAUUCUUCUAGGUCUUCUUUCCUUCCUCAAGCUCCUGCAUCUAGGCCACUUGUACCUCCUGGUUUUGCAAAUGCACUAGUUGAGAAGAGUCAAUCUGUGCAGUCUUCAAGCACUUCCCUUGAAUCCGAGGCUAGAAGUGCUGUUGUGGAGGAUAAGAUUCCUCUAGAUGGCAUGGAUAAAGAUCAAGAGAAAAGAAAUCAAUCAGCUGCAUGUAUAAAUGCCAAUGUGCAGAAAAGUGGCUCCAUGAGCACUUUUGUUUUCUUUGUAAAUGAAUGUUCAUCAACAAAAGCAGAAGUUGUUAAACCUUCGAUUGGUUUUGAAAAUGUGGCCACUAUGACAUCUGGUCUUCAGAAAGUCAGUGAAGUUUGGGAAGAUGAUAUAGUGAAUGAUUUUUCCAACAAAAAAGAGACAAAGUCUGAGAUUGUGGAUACAGUGGGUCAGGAUCAUUCUACAUCAAUUCUGGGAAAGUUGUUUGGCAGUGCUCUGGCAAAAACUUAUGAAAGUUCACCUUCUUAUGUUGAGAAUCAGGGUCUCAAAACAGAUGGGGAAACAUGGAGCCCUGCAGUAUCUGAAUCUUCUAAGUUUGCUCGUUGGUUUCUUGAAGAAGGAAAAAAUCCUGUGGAAAAUUUCUCAUCCAGGGACUUGUUCCCUUUAAUUGUCAGUGAUGAGAAAGUAGGUUUGCGAACAGCUGCAAUUUCUAAUGACAAAGCUGCAGGGCAUAUCCCACGAAGCUUAGCUUUUGAGAAUAAUGAUAAUGCAUCCAUUACAUCUCCUGCAACUUCCUCUAUAGCUGGGAUAUCUGAGCAGUAUCAUCAAGGUGAUAAGCCCGAUUCAAGUGCUGUUGUGCUUACAUGUGAGGACCUCGAGCAGUCCAUCUUGGGUGAGGUUAAAGAUAGCAGUUUAACUUUACGGCAUUCUGUACAGGGAGCUUGGACUAUAUUAGAUGGUAAAUCUGAAGAUCAGAGAACUAAUGUGGAUGAUCAUGCAUCCCAACAUCUUCUUUCUUUGUUGCAGAAGGGAACAAAGAACCAUGGAACGGCAUCUCCUAUGUUAGGUGUGGAAUCCUAUGAUAGAAUCAUCAUCUCAGAUGUGAAAACUGAUCUCAAUCUUGGGGGUGUUGAGAAUUCUACUGCAAGCUAUUCUGAAAGAGUCCCCGGUUCUGAGAAUGCUUUGACGCUAGAAGUAUUAUUUGGGGCAGCAUUUAUGAAUGAGCUCCAUUCUGUGGAAGCCGCAGUCUCAGUUAAUAAAGGUUCAGCUGGAGGGAUUAAUGACAGCAAUGCUCCUCUGUCACAUGGAUUACCAGUUUCUCAUACAGAUGUUUUCUUCUCUUCUAGUUCAGGUGAGUAUCAAUCCAGCAAGACCAUUCAUGAAGGAAACAUGGUAACUUUAAACCAUAUUCAGGAAGCAAGAGGCUGCAAUAUUCUGGGGCCUGGGGUAGAUCACAGAGAUUCACCUAUUGAGGGUUCAGUUCUUGGCAGUGCUGGUGCUGAAGAGGGAGCUCUGGAGAUUCACCUGCCAGAAGAGGACAGUUUGAUCACAGUGAGUGACUCUUUGGACACUAUAACAUCUGACGCUUUGCCCCUUGUGAAUGCAAAUAAAACAGAGGAGCUCUUACGUGAAAAGACUGUGGAAGAACUCAAUGAUAAAUUGCUUAAUGUUAUUCCCAGAGAUGCGGAGCGCAUUCAAACACUGAGUCUCGAUGGUCUGCCUUAUUCACAUGGCCACUUUGGUGUGGUUGAUUCUGAUAAUCUUUAUCAUAAUUUACAGGAAAGGCCAUCUUUGCAGUCACCUCAUCUGAUGAAUCAGACAAGGCCUUUAUUCCAGCAAUUGGAUCAACUUGCUAAUAGGAAUCAACAGAUGGAGUUCAUGGGUCCUGAAGGCAUCCAUCAUGAUCUGCAGCAUCCUUUCCAUGCUAACAUUAUUCCUCAUCAUGCUUUCAAGAAUGCUAGUGAUCCACGGUUUGAUCCUGCUGCUCAUCAUCUGAUGUUACAGCACAUGUCACUUCCAGGGAAUUUCCCACCACAAUACCCAUUUCAGGGGUUUCCUAGAGGUUUACCACUAUCUCAUCCCAUCAAUCACAUGCCAGGUUAUUUACCUGAGAUGGGCAAUGUACAUAAUUUUCCAAUGCCCCACCACCAGCCAAAUGAUGGUGGCCUGGGAAUGGGAAUGCCAGGACGUGUUGUUGGGGUUGGUAUGGGUGGUCACCCAGGGGCACUUGAAAGGCUGAUUGAAAUGGAAAUGAGAGCUAAUGCAAAGCAGAUCCACCCGGCAGCAGUUGGUCAUACUCCAGGUAUUUGUAGUCCUGAUAUCGACAUGAACUUCAGGUAUAGAUGACUAUGGAAAAGCUCCAAGUCAUGUUAAUCUCAGAAGGCUGUGGAACUCCUUGUUUCUACGGAUGUGGGGUGAAUUUGUUUACCCUCCCAGCUGGUGUAAUCUGUAAUGUAGGAUAUAAUUUCAAAUAGCUUCUGGAUGAGGUCUGGGUUUGUUCUCAUCUCCUAUUCCCAAAACAAACAGGAAAAUGAAAAAUCAAUGGUUUGUGUGAGAGAAGGAUAGGAGGGAUAUGAUGGCGAUGCAUCUGAGACGGAAUCCCCAUGUAUAUACCAAUCAAGAGUUUUUCAGUGUGGAUAGCUUAUUAUAAUGCAGUUCUAAAAGCUAGUCUCAGCAUAUAUACUUCGUAUACAGGGGAAGGUCUUUUUAAAUGUUUGAGAGAAGAUAUGGCUGGGUUUGUAUGAACAUUGAUGCUAUGCUAAAACCCUUUUGGAAAUCUGGUCUCUGUUAAUUUUGUAUUUCAUGUUUC